UUGCAGGAACCAUCUCUUUAUUCAAUAAAGGCAAUAGCAAUCCUUGACAAUGAUGGAAACAGACUACUUGCAAAGGUGGGCCUCUUGAAAACUUUAGCGAAAUUAAAAGUUAGCUGCAUCAUAUUAACACAGGCCAAUAAAGCUAUGUUGGAUCAUUAACACUUGAGCAAAUUAGUAAAUUCCAGGAAAAACUAUGAAAGCUACUGGGUUGUUGUUUUUUUUACGCUACUUUAAUAACUUGAGUGCAGCAUUUUCUCUAAUUAAAAAAACUAAUUAUUUUCAACUUAUCACUAACAUUGUUUAUUUGCUUGAUUAAUUUUUUUUUUUUUUUAAAAGGAUACAUCGAAGCAAAUUAAAGCAAAUUAAAUAGCACAGAUUCUUUCAAUAUUUUAGUUUGCAUUCGAUAUAUAAGUCUCAAACUUUUUUUUUUUAUAAAAGCUAAUGAGCCUAUUAUUUUGUGAAAUUUCUUUUUCAUGUGUCCAUAUUUUCCCCAUACACAGUAUUACGACGAAACAUUCCCCACUGUUAAAGAACAGAAGGCAUUUGAAAAGAAUCUAUUUAAUAAGACACACAGAGCAAAUGGUAUUUAAUUUUAAUUGUAAAAUUUUGUUACUUAAUUUUUAUGUCAUUACUUUUAUAAAAUGUUUUUCAACGAUAUUAACUUUUACAAGAGUUUUCACAACUUUUGGAGUUGGAUAUCUGUUUGUGGAAAAUAGAUAUUUGUCAUUCAGUACAUUAUAAAUCAUUUGGGUUAUUUUUAUUAACUCUUUCUUUGACUAACUGCGUAUUUAAAAUUUAAAUUCUGCUUGAUUUCUUUGUACCUCUUCUUUUUUUUCAGCGGAAAUUAUUAUGUUCGAAGGUCUGACCUGCGUUUAUAAAAGUAAUGUCGAUCUCUUUUUUUAUGUUGUUGGCUCUUCAAUGGAAAAUGAGGUAUGUGCAUUAAAAUAUUAUUAUUUUUUAAAAAUUGUUUUAGAAGUGGUACAGUCAAAAACAUCAGCAAUUAAGAAUUUUGAGAAUACGUUUUAAUUCUCCAGUGAAAAAGAACUGUUUUAGUUUAUCCUGCUAAUACUUUUCAAAUAUGAAAAUAAAGUUUCUUUUAUUCCUCAUAAGCUCAUUCUCGCCAAUGUAUUGAAUGCCUUCUAUGACUCCAUAAGCCAAAUACUGAGGAAAAAUGUGGAGAAGAGGGCUCUGUUAGACAACUUAGAUGCAGUGUUCUUGGCAGUAGAUGAACUGUGUGAUGGAGGGUAUGCUGUAUUUUAUUAUCACAGUACUUAAAUGAACUAGGAUAUACAGACUUUUUACAUCCUGACAUAUUUGUAUCGAAACAAUGUUUUUUUCAGUUUUUUAGACUUGUGCAGUUGAAACAGUUCCACUUCAAAGUAAAACUCAGUAUUUGCUAAAUGUAUUCUAAAGUCUAACCAGGUUCUCAUAAAUUUAAAUACAAUAAAAUGUGAAAUUGGGUUAAAACAGUCCUUCACUUCGUAUCAAACCAUAAUCCCGCAACCCUCAUGGAAAGGUAAUGCAAAACUAAGACAUGUAUUUGCCAGAUGAGUCAGAUUUUCUUGCAUGGCCUCGUGUAACUGUUAGUUUUAAAUUGGUCCGAGCAACUUUUUAAAAUCUUAAUUAUAAGUUCUUUGAUGUAAUUUUCCAUCUAUGUUUGCUUCUCUCCAACCCUAGGAUUGUCUUGGAAGCUGACAGCAACUCUAUUGUUCAAAAAGUGGCAAUUAGAAAUGAAGAUAUUCCUCUUGGUGAACAGACAAUGGCCCAGGUA